AAAAAAAAAAAAGAACUGUGAUAACGGAAGCUAUGGCGGAUGGCAACACAUACAGUCGGCGGCUGCGCAGCCGUAGACGCUCGGAUUCGACGUCUUCAGAGGAUGAGGUAGAGCUUCAGCACGUCACGAGGAGCGGAGGUCGGCGCUACGGAGUCUACACGCCUGAGCCUGUGCAGCGUACGCUGGAAUUGCGCUCAGACGCGCUCGAAGAUGACGACGACGAAGACGACAGCGACUUUGAGGAGCUAGAUGACUACGGCGAGACAGUGUACCGCAGCACGACGUACUGUCCUCCUCAGGUGGACGAAGAGGACGUACAUGAGCCUGAUGAUGUCCACGAAGACGAGGAAGUGGACGUUGAAGAUCAGGAGACGCCCGAGCACGAAGUUCAACGCUCUGAGCUCAAAAGACGAGCAGCAGGUGCUGCUGCCUACUUUAAGAGACCCAAUGAUGCAAGCGGACUGUGGCAGAAAGUCACAGAAUCCAAGGUAGUGAAGACAAUCUCGAAGUAUCUACGGAGAUUCUGGCGCUUCGUGCUUCGUAAUUCGUUCAUGGCCGUGAACGUGUUGUGGCUAUUAGCGCCAUUGUGCUGCUUCGUGAUUGCAAUUACUGUCCCACACUAUUUGACGACGGUGACCCAGUACGUGGACGUAUUGUCUUCCAAAGUGAUUGGGUUUCGCGGAGGUGCCGAUGCUGGAGUAGAGAAGGGAGCGAUGCGCUCUGUCGUGCAGGAGAUCGUGGACAUGAAGUUGGUUGGACUGAACGAGGAGAUCGGUCUACUGCGUCAAACUGUGCAGAUUCAGGAGCGUGAGAUUGAAGCGCUUAAAUUGCUGCACGACACGCUACGUCAUGAUCACGAUGAAGAGCACCAGAAAUUCAGUCUUGCAGAACCCGGUAGCGCCAUCAACGUCCACAUUGAAAAAGUUGUUACCAAGCACACUGGCGAAUUGUGGGAGAAAUUCAUGGACAGCACUUCGCGACUACAACAAGACCUGCAGACUGCAACGAAGCAACAGUCGGUGCUUUCUUCGGUACUGAAGGAGCAGGAGGAGAAGAUGGACUCUGUUCAAACCAUCGUGGAGAAGACAGCAUCGACGCCAAUACCGGAUACAGCAAGCGAGAACGCGAGAGAGAUGAGGAAAGAAUUUACUCAGUGGCGUGAAUCAUUUGAGCGCGAGUUGCAGUUUGAGAUGCAGCGUAAAGUGCAAGACAUUGAGAAUCGCAUGUCAAGAGUGCUACAAGAUGAGAAGGACGCUCUCUCAUCAAGCGCUGAUGCUCUACGUGGCUUGGAUGCCACUGAUCCAGGGAUCCUCCGGGUUAUUGAAGUUGCGGUUCAGGCUGUUGAGAUCAAGAAGACAGGACGAGUGGAUCAUGCAGCUCUUGCCAACGGGGCCUCAGUCAUUCAUUCAGAACGCGAUCUCCUUUACCAGGACAGUUCAUCUCCAGUACAGUUGCUAACCCAACUUGCAGGAUUAAGCGACCCCGACGAUGACGGUAGAUUUACCUCGCCCUCUUACCGUCGCGCACCUGCUCCAUUCCUGGGGCAGUUGCUGUCUUCUGGAGAAAAUCCGUGGUGGCUUUCGCGCCACAAUGGUCGACCAGAAACCGCACUAUCGGAAACGAUGGAAAUAGGAAGUUGCUGGGGCAUUGCCGGCUCAUCUGGCCGCCUCUCGCUGAAGUUCGCACAACAAAUUGUUGCUGACGCGAUCACCAUCGAUCACAUUCCCGCACAAAUUGCGGCCGACUUCAGUUCUGCACCAAAUAAGUUCCGUGUUUUGGGCAUAUCGGGUCACCCUCUGCGAGAAACUGUGGAGUUUAUUCCCUUCGGAAACUUUUCAUAUGCUAGCAAUGGUCCGGCUAGCCAAACUUUCAAGCUUACCUCGCCCCUGAGUCAACGUUCGGCUAUCGAUGGUAUUACCCUGGAUGUGCUGUCAAACCAUGGUAAUCCCGAGUACACCUGCCUGUAUCGCUUUCGGGUGCAUGGCCAACCUGCAUAAGGGCGAAUAAAGUAGCGAUAAAACACUCAACAGUAGCAGUCGAAGCAGGAUUAACACAAUUUAUUCUAUGAGAAUGAAGUAUAUCUUCUCCUUGGCUAGGCGUA